UAGAGUAUUUUGGGUGGACGAACUAUCCCAAGAGCUUGAGGGUUGUUCAGCCACCCCCACCGCCUCCGGGCCCUUGGGGGUGGGUAGUAUACCUGAGCCAAUUCAUAAAUAGUAGCUCCAAAUCAUGUCAGGGUGCUGGUACGCCCUCAAGCUUUGUGAGUCCUGGUUGAGCCCCCACCCCCGCCACACAUCGCCACCUCAACAUAAUAAUAAUAAUAAAUAAAUAAAAAAAGCUCUCUCUCUCUCUCCUCUCAAAAGAAGUCCGUCUGUCUCUCUGACUCUUGAGUCUCUGACCCCUCCCACUCCAUCAGACCGUGUUCAUGUCCUUUUUAUUUUAUUUUCACUCAUAGAAAAAAAAAAAAAGAGAAAAAAAGAGAAAGAUUUCUCUGCGAAUUUUGUUUGUCGGUGAAAAAAAGAGAAAGAUUUCAUUCUAAUUGCAUCAUCGAAGUUGAACGGGUGAAUUUUUUUUUUUUUUUUUUUUUUUUUUUUUUUUUUUAAUUUUAUUUUGAAGUUUGCGUCUUUGAUCUUCGAGUUGGUCCCAAAAGAAGCAGAGCUUUCUCCUUUCUCUUUUCUCUCGUCCUCGCAGGGUCCGUUGGGUUGGGUCGGUAAAAUGAGCCGGCCAACAACGCGUAGUAAAAACAAAAGGCACAGACAAGAGGAUAAUGGUGAUAUCACUUCUGAAAUACUGAGGAAAAUUCACACAACUGGUGAAAUAACCAGUGAUGAUUUAAGUCAGCUAUAUAAAACUUGGAAACCAGUUUGUCAAGGCUGCCGUGUGAACAAUAAAGAUAACCCAAAUUGCUUUUGUGGGCUGAUUCCACCGCCCAAUGGAAGUCGCAAAGCUGGACUUUGGCAGAAGAUGUCUGAUGUUCUUCUAGCUCUUGGCCCUGACCCGUCCAAGGAUCUUCGUGCUGCAGAGACUCCUGCAGGUCUGACGAAUCUUGGUGCAACAUGUUAUGCCAACAGCAUACUCCAGUGCUUGUACAUGAAUAAAUCUUUCCGAGAAGGCAUCUUCUCUGUCGAACCAGAUGUUUUGAGACAUAACCCAGUGUUGGAUCAACUUACACGGCUUUUUGCACAGCUGCAUGCCAGUAGAAUGGCUUUUAUAGACUCAUCUCCAUUUGUAAAGACACUAGAGUUAGAUAAUGGAGUUCAGCAGGAUAGCCAUGAGUUCCUGACCUUGCUUCUUUCUUUGCUUGAACGUUGUCUGAGCCACUCAAAAGUUUCCAAGGGAAGAACAAUUGUUCAGGACCUUUUCCGUGGAAGAGUGUCCCAUGUGACGAUGUGCUCACAAUGUGGAAAAGAUUCUGAAGCUUCUUCAAACAUGGAGGACUUUUAUGAGCUUGAGUUGAAUGUCAAGGGUUUGAAAAAUUUAGAUGAGAGUUUAGAUGAUUAUCUAAGUGUGGAAGAGCUUCAUGGAGAUAAUCAGUAUUUCUGUGAGUCAUGUAAAACAAGAGUCGAUGCUACUCGCAGUAUCAAGCUACGUACAUUACCUACUGUACUUAAUUUUCAGCUUAAGCGUUGUGUUUUCCUUCCGAAGACUACAAUGAAGAAGAAAAUCACUUCUGCAUUUUGUUUCCCUGGAGAACUGGAUAUGCGACAGAGGCUGUCUGAGCCUUCUCAGUUUGAAUUGAUAUAUGACUUGUCAGCAGUGUUGAUUCACAAGGGAACUGCUGUAAAUAGUGGUCAUUAUGUAGCUCAUAUUAAAGAUGAAGAUACAGGACAAUGGUGGGAAUUUGAUGAUGAGCAUGUCUCAAACUUAGGUCGUCACCCUUUCGGAGACGGGUCUUCAAGUUCCACUUCUAAAGCUGUUGGAAGUGAGCCUGUUCAUCCAUCUUGCACAGAUCCAAGGAAUGGUGUCGCCGAUGGACACAACAUAGAUGUUGUUCAGUCACAGUCUUCAGAGUCUAGUAAUAAUAGUAAUGCUGAGAUAUUUUCAUCAGGUGAUGCAUAUAUGCUGAUGUAUAAUCUUAGGCAAUCCAGGAAGGACCGUGAGAAAAAGCAGGCGUCUGGUGCCAGUGAUAUGAAAAUCGACACUGGUAUGGUUUCUUUAUAUGGUGUUCCUCUUCCAUCUCACCUUUGUGAAGAGAUAAAAAUUUUGAAUGCUUCAUAUGAUGAUGCUUGCCAACAAUAUGAAUUAAAGAAGGAAGAAGAGUUGGGUUGUAUCACAAAAAGGAGACAGGAAGUGCGAUCAGUUCUAUCUGAAGCCCCUGUACGAUCAAAUGAGGAUUCAUUUAAUUGGAUUUCAACAGACUGGCUUCGCCAGUGGGCUGACAACAUACCUCCACCUGUACUUGACAAUAUGUCCAUCCAAUGCGUGCAUGGAAAAGUCCCGCAUUCAAAAGUUAGCUCCAUGAAGCGAUUGUCUGCUAAAGCCUGGACCAUGAUUGUCUCUAAGCAUGAUGGGGGGCCAACACUGACUAAUGAUGACUACUGCAUGGCUUGCCUUGUCGAUGGAGCCCGCACUUUGGUGUGUGGUGAUAGCUAUCGGGAUCGAAGAACAAUAAUGAAGCAAAUUGCAAAUGAGGCAGUUCAAGGGAACUGUGUGGAUGGAGCAUAUUGCGUAUCCAAGUCAUGGUUGCAACAGUGGUUAAAAAGAAAAAUUCUUGAUGCUCCCUCUGAAGCUGAUGCUGGACCCACAGCUCCAAUUAGGUGUCCUCACGGGGAACUUAUGCCUGAUCAAGCUGCUGGUGCUAAGCGAGUUCUGGUUCCUGAGAAUCUCUGGCUCUUCUUAUAUGAAGAUGCUGUUGCAGUAAAUCCUGAUGAUCUGCUGGAGUGUACAACCUUUCCUUCAGACUCUAAACAAUGUUCUCAAUGCAGCGAUGAACUAUCUGAAGUGGCAGUCAUGGAGGAUUCUUUAAGAGUUGUGAAGCUUAAACAGCGCCAGAAUCAUGAGAAAUUAGCUAUGGGAAAAAGUAUUCCACUUUUUCCCCACUGCAAGAAUUACUUAGUGCCCUCCUCGUGGCUUUCAAAAUGGAGAGACUAUAUUAAUGCAAGUGGGAAGAAUGUCUCUAGCUCUGUGAAACCUGAGACUCUUGAUGGUGUCAUUGAUUCGCUGAAGUGUGAAAAGCAUAUGCGACUCCUUGAAAGGCCUCCUGAACUAGUUUGCAAACGUGGUACAAUUUUCCAAAAGACAGAUGGGUUGACAAUCAUUACGGAGAAUGAUUGGAAAUGCUUCUGUGAAGAGUGGGGUGGUACUGAGGAGAAAGGCAUAUCUGCUGUAAUUGAGUACAGUUAUAAUGCAGGGAAUAAUUUGGCUGGGUCCGGUGAAGAGAUGCCAUUAUUAGAGGAGCAAAUGGCUUCGCAUGAUGAAGCGAAUAGUGACAAUGAGUCUAGACAACCUGUGAUUAAGACUUGUCCAGAGAUAUGCGAGGAAUGCAUUGGAGAAAAAGAAAGUUGCGAGUUAAUGCAGAAACUUAACUACUGCAACGAGGACAUAUAUGUACUUUUUGCACGUGACAAGGAGGCUCCAAAAUCUUUUUUAGAAGCAUCUGACACAUCCUUUGAGCAAGAUCGCCGAGUUUCCAAGCGCUCUCGGAAGACAAAUAAUGGGAAUCUGAUCAAUUUAAAAGUUUCUGGCUCCACAUCAAUAUACCAGUUAAAAAUGAUGAUAUGGGAAUCAUUUGGGGUUGUUAAGGAGAAUCAGAUCCUUCGCAAAGGUGCCAGGAUAAUUGACAAGGAGUCUGCUACUCUUGCAGACAUGAAUAUUUUUCCUGGAGAUAAGCUUUGGGUGAUAGAUUCAGAGAUCCAUGAGCAGCGAGAUAUUGCGGAUGAGCUCUCUGACCAGAAAACGAAUGUUCAACACAUUGAGGAAGGCUUUCGUGGAACACUUUUGACAGCAAAUAUUUCAUCCCAAGUUGUUUAAAAAACAUGCUUUUAAAAAUUAUUAUCUGCGUGCAACAUCCAACUGUUUGUAGACAUGAUAUUGGGAGAGGAAACUGAUGGAGAUUUUGACCUGCAUUUUGGAGAAGCAGUAGCUGUAUCUAUGUCUGUUAGUUUUCUCCCUUCAGACGACUGGUUUGCCGUGUAAAUGUGUAGCGCUUGCCAACAUUUUUACUUUUUUGGUGGUUGCGGACUCGGAGAGGAUACAGCACGUAUUGUUGCAUGUCUCCUGCUUUGUCAAACUCGUGGUUUUUGUGUUCAGUUUUGAUGCUCGCAUGGAUGUUGCUGCCUUCAGUCUGCCCAACCUUUUCAAUUUCUUGGCUUCGAGGAUCUAUUGUACACAUCUUGUUGCUUAUAUGCCUCUCUUUGCGACGGAUUGGCUGAUUUCUUACUUGGUUAAUGAAUGUAUAUCCUAGAGUAGUUUCAAUUUUAACUGCUCAUACAUCUCUCUCUCUUUCUCUCUCUCUCCAUGCCUAUUCUUCUUCUUCUUCUUGGUGCGCAGAUAUGAAGGAAGGGCUUUUCCCGCAGGAAUGUUGUGUUGUUACUGAACAUAUUUACUGUGUCCACAUAUUCUGAUAUCCACGUGAUUCUUGCUCCCUCU